CGUCACCCUCGGGAGAAGAGCUCAGCUCUUUCCAGCCCGUUCCAGCUCAUUCUUCUUACUCAUCCGUGAGGAGAGGCAGCGCUGACGUCGUGCCCGGCAUACCUUCGCCCUGACUCUCACAGCUCUGCUCUCCUGGCUUAUAAUUAGCAGCAUCACCUCAGCCUCCGAGCGGGAUGCCUGAGCCGCCCUUGCCAAAAAUCUGUGCCCUUUGCGUUUCCCAAGCAUGGAGUGAGUGUGGGCUCGUCUCUGCCCUGCCUCCCCCCAGGUUCGGCUGUGGUGCUUUUCCCCCUCUCUGUGCCCAGAGAGGUCCCCUCAGGCGAGACCAGAAGUCAUCCCUUAGGUCCAUGCCCAGGUGGGGUGCACAGUGGGGUGCUGAGGGGUCAGGACAGUGAUACAAAGGAAUUUAAGGAUUGAUUAAGGAUUGAUUAAGGGUAGCUGAAAUGUACAUCCUUCCACAAAACAACAGGAUGGGGGUGGCCAACAGGGAGGGGGGUCCCAGAAAGUGCAGGGAGUGCGUGGCAGCAGAUGAAGUGGGACAUGUACUUUAGGGGUGGGACUAGUUCCCCCUGUAUUGGCAGAAGUGAUGAGCUCCUGGCACAGUAGAGCCCGGCUCCACCGAGGCCCCGGGGCCAGGGAAGGGCUCUAGCCCCCCGGCCAUGGCCCCACAGGCCCUGCUGCAUCACGAUGGCUCUGCAGAAACCUGAGCUCCCAGCACUGACCGCGGCUCCCUAUUUGUGGCAUGUGACUUGUCCCCAGAAACAGGCGCUGCUAUUUUGGCUGGUGGAUAAUCAGCCUCUCAAAAAUAGGCGAUGGCUCCAGGAGGGUGCGUGGGGAGAGAGCGUUCUGGAAGGGACACACCCCUGGGCAGGGGAGAAUAAAAUCCGCUGCUCUCCUGCCCCAGCCCAGCACCGCUCCGGCCACUGCACCGAGCAGAGCUGCAGCACAACCAGGAGCACUCGUUGGGAGCAGAGAUGUUUUGCCGGCUGCACUUCAUGCCUCCCAUGUCCAGCUCGCUGUUCCCGUGGGUGGGACCUGUCCGCACCCUCUGGCCACAUCCAGGCACCCUCUUCGCCGAGCUGGAGCGGGAGAUGCGGCUGGAGAUGGAGAGGGCUCGGGAGUUCAUGAGCAGCGUGGAGCAGUACCUGACCACUGGGACCAGCCCCGGGCGCCUCGGCAUCACCGCAGACCGUGCAUCGAGCGCCAGCGCAGCCCUGACCCAGGGCUCUGGGGACGGCUUCUCUGUCUGCCAGGACGUGAAGGACUUUGCGCCCGAGCAGCUGUCGGUGAAGGUGGUGGGCAGGAAGGUGGUGCUGGUGGGGCAGAAGGAGACGCAGAGCACAGACGAGAAGGGCUCCUUCUCCUACAAGUACGAGGUGCUGAAGCGGGAGUGGGACGUGCCCGAGGAGGUGGAUGCCGAGGCGCUGACCUGCUCCCUGUCCAAGGAUGGGCAGCUGCGCAUCGAGGCGCCCAAGCUGGCACUGCCGGCCGCUCCCGAGAGGAACGUGCCCAUCCAGAUGGGGCCAGCGGUGGCACAGGCAGCUGGCAGCGCUGAGGAGGGAGCCGAGCGGGCCAAGGCGUGAAGAGGAGCAACGGGGACCAGGCUGAGCCUGGCUACGGGGGCAGCUGCUGGCCGCAGAGCGGGGCCGUGCUGGGACUGCAGGACGGCCCGGGGUGGGGGGUGUCUGCCCAAAACAUGCACUUUUUUUGAUAUGUAAUAAAUAUUCCUAACUUUUAUUUGUGUGGUUUUGGUAUUUCUGGUCUUGCCCAGCCCUGUGUUUUGCAAUGCACCUGCCUGUGCCCACGCAGCACGACGACAGGGUGGGGAACGGGGUUGUGCUGGCACCGGGCAUGUCCCUGGCACAUCUCCCCAGCUCUGCCCUGGCACAGGAGGUUGGGCGAGGGGCUCCAGCUCAUGUGCAGCACUGAGAACCGCCGGGAGGUCCUGAGCAUCCCCCUGGGUAACCUUCGGACAAUUGGCUCCCGUCUUCGGGACGGUGCUGGAACAUUCCUGUGCGGUGUCCGCGUCCCCGUGCCGUGCCGCCCCCGCCAGUGCUAGCACCUUCCAGGCGCUGCCCGCAGCUCCGAGCACCAGCCGGACGCUAAGCCGCGCCCCGCACGGCGAGAGCGGGCG